CUCCUAUAGCUAUAGACUAUAUGUGUUCCGGACAGACAUAUUUAUUCACUUCCUCUUCUCUCAUUUUGCCGUCCUGCUCUGCCGCCAUCUUUCAUGGAUCUGAAUCCCUCAAGUUUGUCUAUUUCCGUCGGGGGCGGGAAUCCCCCCGACAAUACAUCAACCUAUACAUCCAGCUAUGUUACAGUAUCUCGGCAUCGCCGUCGAGACUAGAUACUAAAACGUCGACGCACAUACCUUGGAGGUAUCUUCGAACUCGGUGGCAAGUCGUGCCGCGCCAGGAGUUGCGACUAGUCAACCAUGAUUUUAACGAGGAACUAGAGGAGUCAUCCCACACCAGGGGGUCACGGAGAAGGUAUAGAAAGUGUGGAUAGCAC